UACAACUUACUCUGUACCUUAAUGAUAUAAAAAAUCUCUUCAUUGGUAAAUAGACCGUCUUUGCUCGGUCACUAACCAGAGGCCAGCCUCACCCCUAUAAUAAUAAUAAUAACGGCCUCCUCCCGCCCAUUUCGCCCUCGGCCCCAGCAAAGCUUGACUCUGCACCCACGAUCGUUACCACUUACCAGCAUGCGGUGGGCUGCCGGUCUCUUCCUCUCCCUGGCCGUGCGCCUGGCCACUGCCCUGCCGACUCCCGCGGAGGACGAGGCAGAUGAGGGAACCUGUUCCUGGGACGAAAUCGACGAGGCCAUCUACCAGCUCGAGCAGCUGGCCGAUGCCGCUGUCUUCUGCCAGGAACUGCUGCACGACACCGUCACCGCCACAGAGACCAGCACCGCCACAGCCGCCGCCGCCACAACAGUGACCCUCACCGACUCCCACACGGACUUUGUCACGACCACCUCUCGUUUCCCCCCCUGGGCCAGCAGCAGCGUCUACCUGGCCGCCGUCACCAAGACCACCACGCUCUCUUCCUCGCAUGUGCUCUCGUACACCGCCGUCGACUCGCUGACCAGCACGGUCAUCGAGACCGCGCAGGAGACCGUCACCGAUGUCCUCGAGGCGACCGUCUUCGGCGCGGUGACCGAAAUCACCACCCAGACCUAUCUCAACACCAUCACCAGCUACACUACGACCGUCGUGACCGACUAUGCCUCUGCCGUCGCGUCGAGCGUCGUCGUUGUCACCGUCACCGACCCGGUGACCAUCACCGUCCCCAGCCUCCAUACCGAGACCGUCACCCUGUCGGUCACCGAGACCGAGACCGAGACGGCGACCGAUACGGUUUCUGAAUCCACGACACAGGACGUCACCGUCACCAAUACCGAGACGGUGCCUACAACUGUUCUGCAGACGGAGCUGAGCAGUGUGACGAGUACCGUCGAGACCACCGAUGUGGACUACCUGACGUCCACCAUCACCUCCGUGUUGACCGACGGCGUCACCGUCACCGCCACCACCACUACCACUGCUGCCGCGGCGGCAGAUAAGCGCGAUCUCCUCGAACGACGAACCGCUGUGUCGACCCCGGCCGCGCUGGCAACCUUCCCAGCAGAUGUUCUGUCGGAGGCUUGCUGGGAGCUGGACUUUGGUCCCUCGACGGCGACUGCCUGGACAACAACGACCGUCGCCGGCGAAACUGAGACGGUGACGGUCGCUGCUACGACGGUCACCGUCGUCGUGGAUGCCUCGUCCGUGCGGGUCGUGGAUCUGACCUCGUCGACCGUUGUCUGGGACACGGUCACGGCCACGGAUCUUGUCUCUGUUACCGUCACAGACGAUGAAUGGGCCGCCGAGACGGACACUGUCACCUCCGUGACCACUGUGGACAUCGACUCCGUGACCACGGUCGACAGCACGGUCUGGCAGACCAGCACCACGACACAGGACGUGACCACCGAUCUUCCGGCCACGUCGACCGUGGAGCUCACGACGACCCAGACUGAUCUGGUUACAUCGGAUGCCACCGUGUACGACACCACCACCCAGACCACGGAUAUCACGGUGACCGCCACGGCCUCGACGACCACCACCAGCACAGCCAGCACCACCGUCGACACGACCGUCACCGCGACGAUCACGUCGACCGUGUCGGUGACGGCGACGGUGGCCCUGCCAACUACUCUGGAAACCGUUGUUGUCGACAGCACGACCAUCACCAACACCGUUGAGACCACAAGUGUGGUGGACGUGACUGUCACUGUGACCACCUCGACGACCACCACAACGACAACGACAAUCACCACGACUCCCACUUCAAGCGUCAGCUGCAACCUGCUCACCAACGGGGACUUUGAAGACGGUUCCACCACUGGCUGGACCCUGUCUUACUCGACCGCCACGGGCGCCUACGCGCUCGUCGACGAAGGCGCCGUUUACGCGCUGGAGAUGGAAGUGACUUCCAGCAAAGGUGGUAAUUUCAAGAUAUACCAGACCAUCGAUACCGUUUCAGGGACUGAGUAUACCAUUGAAUUCACCUAUUAUGCUGUCCCCCCCAGCACCACCGGCGAGAAGUACGAUUAUAUUGUGUCUAGCUUCGGCUCAACCACCAAGUCCUCGCUGUUUUCAGCGCUCACGGUGAAUGCAUGGGCUACCUACUCGACCACCGCCACGGCUACCUCUGAUUCGACCGUUUUCCUCCUUGAGCUGCUUACUACAACCGGCACAGCAACCCUCUAUAUCGAAUCGGUCAGCAUUUACGAGACGGCCAAUGCCGCCACCUGUGCAUGAUGAUGUCCUUGUAUCUAUCCCAUAUACUGUAUCUAUACGCAAUUAGAUAUCU